CCCCGAGAAAAUUAGGUUUUGCUGAAUUCAUGUGCCCGUCGAGUUCUGGAGGGCCCGAAAAAACGCAGCGGCGAUGUGGAGCAACUAAGCAGCUGCGCCGCGGUUCGUUGCAUGCCCGGAGAUCUAGUUUUCAAGACACGGUACUUUUGCGUCAGCGUGGUAAAGCUUGUAACUAGCACGGGACCGCGAGGUCGAUGAGCGUGCAGUGGCAGGUCGAUUCGAAUUGAACGGAGUCCUUGCUGCGGUUUUGACAUUGGUUUUCCUUUCUCCGUGAAAAGGGCAGGUUCUCAAAAAUUCCCUCCGCAACCGCGAAGAGGCUUUCCUGAACGCCCGUCCCUGCAGUGUCUGGGCGCAACAGCCAUGAGACCGCUGGCGCCAGAAAACAUCCGGCGGAACUCUUGUUGACUUUUGCUCGACGUGGAGAGUCGAGGACGAUCUUUCUUUUUCGAAAAUGCCCAGUGAGUUGUCAUGUCCCCUCUCUUGCACGCACGAAAAAUGGUAACCAGGCUGGGCCGGCCGCGGCUCUUGAGCCCUCCCGGUAGGGCCGCCUCGCGGCCGCACCCGCUUCGCUAUAUGGCCCCCGACUCGGUGAUUUCGCGGCUUUCCCGCUCGUUUCGUCUUUGUCUGUCCGCUCCAGCUUCUCUACAGACUGUUUUUCUUUUCACUGUCGCUGCCCUACCCCUGCUUCUCUGCCUGUGGUGUCUCACACCUGGUCUCGAGCCUUUGCUUGUACAAGCUGUUCCGCACCGGUCCCGCCUCCGGCACUCUGCCAGUGGAAAAAACUUAGAGUUGUUGGGUCCUCCUGCCGCCAGGAUCUUUCUCGAAACUUCAGAGACCUUGGACUCUCCCGAAGACGACCUUCUCGACGACUCCGAGGAGUUCUCUGAAUUCCCAGAAGAUGUUCUUCCCCAGGCACAAAUUGUCGGUGGCACCGCCACUGGCAGAGAACUGACAGACGUGGAUGACGCCUCUUUUUCGACUCCGUUGUUUCCCGCGUCAGACUCAAACACAGAUCCUACACCAACACACGAUGCCCGCAAACGGGACGCCCAGGUGGGCUCGCUGGAAAGGGCUGGAUCUGGAGACCAGCAAACCGAUGCCGCCAUCGGUCUUGACGCGGUGGCGUUCAACAAAAUCAAGAUGAGUCACGCACUCGCGCGCGGAGCAGCAGAAGGAAUUCUCGGCCAAGGCGGAGACACAGAUGGCCCAUUUGAGGGCCUCCUGUCUGCGGGUGUCGGCCAGACGAAACCAGAUGCCAGCAGAAGUCUCGCGAAAAAAGAGGCUCCUCUCCCUGAAGCAGCUGAAGGUUCACCGUGCACGAAAGCCUCUGUCGAGGCUCGUCUCAAGGCAAUCGGGUGCCCUUUAGACCUCGCGAAUAAACACUUUGCUCUGGACUACAAACAAGGAGUACGCAUCAAGGGCCGCGAGUUCAGAGAGGAACGAGCGUCGAAAAUUGCCUAUGUGCCUCAAGUCGUAUCGGAUGCCCCUUCGUACGAACCACUCGCCGGCGUCGUUCUCGUUGCCGACAUAGAUGAGCCGGGGAUUGGAUCAGAUGUUCGCCUCUUGCACCUCGUCGUCCGUCCUAGCGUCUGCGAAGAGAAAGGAGCAGACCGAUGUACGAUUCCUUAUCUGCUUCCGCCCGUCCCUGUCGCGGAACCGGCACAUCGAAUCGUAGCGCUGGGGUUCGACUCGCCAACGGGAAAACGUUUUAAAUUCACCGAAGUCUUGAAGCUAAUUCAACAAAAACCUCUCGACGUUGACUUGCGGCGCGUGUCUCUUUCACGGCUCAUCGAAGAAAACGAAGAGUUCUUUCGCGUCAGACCUGGGACGAUCGCGUCACCGUCUUGGAAUGUGUUCAAGGUUUACAACGCAGGACCGGCCUUGAAUUUGGAGGAUAAAACGAAGCCUCUUCCUGCCGCUGUUCCUGGUAAAGAAGUGCCGAAGGCGGCCGACGCUCCGGAGAAGACAAAAACGGCUCGUGCAGCAGAGACACACCAAGCCAGAGGUGCUACAACGAAACCGGAGUUCGGCGGCUAUUCGCCAGGUUCUGGGGGGCAACUUAAGCCAUCGACUAUUUUUGGAUAUGUGUUAGGGAGUUUGCUAGUCAUUGCUGUCUUCGUCGGUAUUGUCGUUGUCACAUCAGACUGUGUCUCCGGAGCUACUAAAGUCUGAUCGUUUUUUAGCUUCGCAAACUGCCUGAGAAAGAACAAAUAUUUAUUUUGGACCGCAGACACCCAGGGCAAACACUUUUUGCGCUGCAGGCUUUCUGCCGUGGACGGGUUUCCUGUUGUUGUACCCCGUGGACAGGGAACUUGCGAGUAGGAGCCGAUUGCAUUUCGUUUAUCAUGAAAUUUCGCUGACGGCCAGCUCCCACUCGGGACGCUGCCGCCAAAACAGCGGAGUGUGUCGCAGCUUGCACUUCGCUCCCGAAACUAAAUGUAAAUUUAUUUGCUGCCCCAGGGUCUCGAGUUUUCGUGGGAAACCUUUUCUGUGGCAGAACGUUUCCCUGUUGCGACAUUCGCCCUUCAUCGCUAACACGCGCAAAACCUGCACAGUUCGGUAUGAGCUUAUUGAGAGAGAGUAUUCACUAUUCAUCAAAAGAUCAACCAAGUCUGCACCACGAAAGGAGCGAACGUGUUUUCCUGUCUACGCAGGAAGGGGAGCGAUGAGACUAGAGAGCUGACUUAUUUCAGAAAAUCAUGCGUAGCGCAUUCCGAAACGUGACUUCAGCGUUCCUAAGAGUUGGGGGGAGGGUUGGUAAGAGGAGAGGAGGGGAGGUAACGGCGGAGCAACGGGGUAUAUCACUGACAACAGAGUUUCUUUGACAAGGUACGUCAUCCCUGUGAAUUAGCACCAGCCUCUGGCAUCGAACAAUGCAGAGGGCGUUGUGCUGAGCACACCAUUGAGGGGGAACGUGGGAGUUCUGCUGCUCCAUAGAAGUUCGACAAACCUGACGGUGUAUCUUGCAACAUCUACGACGUGCAAAGUGCCCGUCUAAGGAAACAUGACCCCAGAGUAUCAAUCGAGCAAAUUUAAAGGUCACCAGCGCACAUUAAUCAUGC